AUGCCUCUGUACGAGUUCGAGCACGCUAUUGCGCUGACAGAGCCCCACAAACAAGCCAUUGCCCAUGGAAUCACUGAGUUUCAUGCCAUCACUUUCAAUGCUCCACGAUACAUUGUGAAUUGCAGAUUCAUUGAUAUCUCCCGUGGACCGUUAUCUGACACUUUUGUGGGAGGUAAACGCCGCCAUACCAACCGCCUGUUUGUCACUUUGCGAAGCGGCACUGGACGGACAUCUGAUCAACUACACGUCUUGAUAGACAGUGUAAAUUCUAUCUGGGAUAAUAUUGUUGGAGGGAGUGGAUGGGAAAGUCAGCUUAGAGGCAUAUAUAUCAAGGGUUCUAUCGAUGCUGCGAAGGAAGGCGGGUUCCAUCUCCCUAUGCCCGGCUAUUUUGAGCAAUGGGUCAAAGAUAACACGUCUCGCUUCCAAAGUUUGGCUGCAGAGGGUGACCCUGACUUUAUCCAACUUGUUGAUGAAGUCAAAACCCGGCCUGAGUUCCAGAUCUAA